AUGAAAGCAAUUGUGUUCACUUGUCUUCUCGUCGCCAUUACGGCAAAAACACUUCCUUUUAAUCCCGAUUACGACAAAGAUUGGGAAAUAUUUAAGGCAAAAUUUAACAAAACUUACGAGAAUAACGAAGAACUCGCCAGACGUCUGAUUUGGGAAGAAAAGUUGGCAGCAAUUACAAAACAUAACAUUGAAUACGAUUUAGGAUUGCACACGUUUACAACAGGACUCAACCAAUUUUCUGAUAUGACCCACGAAGAGUUCGUACAGAAAAUGAAUGGACUGAAAAGACCAGUGAAUAUCACUUCUAAGCCCUUAUAUACUUUCACGCGCCUGUCUAAUGUAAUUUUGCCGGACUCAGUUGACUGGAGAAAAGAAGGUUAUGUCACGCCAGUCAAAGAUCAAGGGCAGUGUGGUUCUUGUUGGGCUUUUUCGGCCACGGGAUCUUUAGAAGGGCAACACAAAAAGAAAACUGGUAAACUGGUUUCCUUGAGCGAACAGAAUUUGGUAGAUUGUUCUGGGAAGGAAGAUAAUGAAGGUUGCGAAGGAGGACUGAUGGAUAAUGCAUUUGAAUAUGUAAAAGUAAAUAAAGGCAUCGACACCGAAGAUUCUUAUCCGUACGAAGCUAUGAACGACAAAUGCAGAUUUAAGCGUUCGUCUAUCGGCGCUACUUGUACCGGUUACGUGGAUGUUAAAAGUGGUGACGAAGAAGCCUUGAAACAAGCUGUAGCAACCAUUGGUCCAAUUUCAGUAUCUAUAGAUGCUAGUGCGGACUCUUUCGCUUCUUACAGCGGUGGUGUUUAUUCCUCGUAUAUAUGUAGCUCCACGGAUCUAGAUCACGGUGUAUUGGUAGUUGGAUACGGAACAACUAAAGACGGGAAAGAUUAUUGGUUGGUUAAAAACAGCUGGGGUACCAGUUGGGGUCUUAACGGGUAUAUCAUGAUGGCUCGGAAUUGCAAUAAUAUGUGCGGCAUUGCGACUGAUCCCUCUUAUCCUCUGAUGUAAAAAAUUAUAUUGAAGACAAUAAGCGAAUAUUUUUUAUCGUUAUUUCUUAUAUGAAAGAAUAUUU